AUGGGCUCGAGAAGAGGAUGGCCACGGUUGGGAACACACGAACUUCUUUUACUGCUUGUGUUUCCACGUCUGUCUCAAACGCCGGAGAUUGUUGAAGGGUGCAACUUGGGGAAUUCCUGUGUCAGCAGCGAUGUUCUUUUCAGAUCAAAUUUGAAUAGCUUUAGAAGCUGGAGCCCUCCAAAUGACUUUUUUGACAGUAGCACCGUUACACACAUGAAAGUCAACCCCAACGAUACCACGAAACAGAGUGUUGAAUGA